GCCGCUUCCAGCUCAGGAGCCUAGCAAGCUCUGUACCCAAUCAACGGCAGUUGGUGAGGAAAGUCCCAAGUGGUCCUUGAUGUCACACAGAGUUGAUGCGCAAUCAUCCGUGCAGCGAAUGAAAACCUAUAUGAAGGUUAGGGAGGAUUGAAAACAGAAAACGAGCAGGCCUUUUUCUGAGAUUUGGUCGGGCAGAAUAUGGCUCCAGCCCUAACAAAAAUAGCCAAAAACGCGCAAGGAGUCCACCUGUCCUCACCCAACCACCAUGGACUCCUUCUGUCAUCCAACCACAAUGGAGUCCACCUGUCCUCACCCAAUGACCAUGGUGUCCCCCUGUCCUCAUCCAACCACAAUGAAGUCCACCUGUCCUCACCGAAUGACCAUGGUGUCCCCCUGUCCUCAUCCAACCACAAAGGAGUCCACCUGUCCUCACCCAACCACCAUGGAGUCCACCUGUCCUCAUCCAACCACAAUGGAGUCCACCAGUCCUCACCCAACCACCAUGGAGUCCACCUGUCCUCACCCAAUGACCAUGGUGUCCCCCUGUCCUCACCCAACGGCCAUGGAGUGCAUCUGUCCUCACACUUGGCCCCGGCAGAAGCAGAAGGCAGAGAUAUACUAGACAUCGAGCUGGAUCUUCAAAGUACGAUGGCAGAAGAUGACUACCCCCAGAAGUUGUGGCUGAGCCCUUCUUUUUUACCGUUCCUGCACUCCUGCCUUCCCGGUGGUCUUCUGGAGUUCUCGGACAAUGCAGAUUUACCUCCAUUUCAACACCAGUCGUCGACUGACCAGGCUAAGCCGACGUUCCUGCCCAGCCCGUGCUCCCUUUUCAAUAUUCUUUCCAGCCAAAAAAGCCCCAGAGAUCCACAGCAAUUGGCCACGGAUCUGCAGCCAGGCACAAUGGACACCCUUUUCAUCUCUGUUGAUGGUGGGGAGAGACAAGAGAGCAGUUUGCAACCCCACAGCCAUGGAGGAGCUUUACAUAAUUAUGAGCCAGAUGUGUUUGAAACUCACCGAACCCGUACUCCUUCGCCGGAGGAAGGGCUGACUUUGGGCCUCCGCUCCUCUGGUCCAGAGUGGGCUCAGCACUGCAGCGUGGUGCUUGGUCCGCCCGUAAUACUCGAGAAGACAGCAGGGAUUCAACAGAAGCACUUGGCCGUGAGGAGGGAGCGUUGCUGGUCAAAGCUCGUCAGACAGAUAGACCUGGAGGGCCGGGCCCUUUGGCUCCAGAUGAGACCCCAGGCACUUCCCAUGUCACACGCCAGCCAGCGGCUCCCAGGGCUGAAGCACCAGGAGACCUCUGACGCCCCGUUUUCUGCAGCAGUCGAGCCAUGCGAGAUGGCCAUGUGCAACAAGGCCACGCUGCAGGGAAUCGGCCCAGAGUUUUCCUUGGACUCUGAGGCCACUGACAGCAGCAGCAGCUCAGACGACGACGAUGACCGUGAUGUCGAUGAAGGGCGGCCCCGGCUGCAGCGCAGCAAAAGGAGAAGAGACAACCAGAAGAUCUUACCUGGCUCUCCUACCAGCAAUGAGUUGAGGUGGCUUGGGGAUCGGGCAGAGAUGGGCAGCAGAUGGAGCUGGCUCGUGCUGCGUCUGGCUGAGUUGGAGGGCAGGAUCCAGCAUCUUGUGGAGCUCCUCAAGCACUUCCACUCCACCAAGGUCGGCGUUGUUCUUGGAGAUUCCCAGUCGCUGACAGACCAACAACAGAUACAACAGACCCUGCUGAAGGAGACAUUGGGACUGUCCUGCACGGCCAGGGUCAGGGGCGGAGAGCUGCCUUGGGAUGCCGACUAUGAACACAGUAGCCCAACGUGUCUGCUGCGCAACAUAGAGAGACAGAGUGCCCAGCUCAGCCAGAUUGUCACAAGCCUGUCACCCUGCUCGUCACCCCACUCCAAAGCACCCCAUACAUUGAUGGGUGUCACCAAGACAGCCUACAGCCCCCAGGGAGCAGAGAACAAGCGCAGGAGGCUGAGUAUCCAGGGGAGGCAUCGGGCCCUCCGGCGCCCACUGAAGGGCUUCUGCGCCCGGACACGGCCUCUGCUCACCUACCACAAACACAGGCUGUUCACCAUGGAAGAGGCCGGCCCCGGUGCUCUGCAGGCUGGUCAGAGCACCAGCCCCCCAUCGUCUUCCUCCUGGGAGCCUGUGGCCCAGUGCGCCGUGCCUUCAGGUCCCCUCAGCAUCAGCCCUGGAGGAUCCCUGACUUGUGGGGCGACCCAUUCCAAACCUCCCCCUCCGUCCUGCUCCUCUGACUCUCCUUGCUGCAGCCACUUCCAGAGGACCCCCUCAGGGGAGAGAUGGUCCCAAAGACCAAUUGAAGUCGACGUCGCUGAGCCCUGCGAUCCCAGCCUGAGCUGGGAUGGCCUGCACCGCAGUGGUGAGGAGGGCUUGUCUGACCUGCUCUGUGAUCAUCAUGAAAUCUCUGAGCUUUUGGAAGAGACCUACACAGAAUAUCAAAAACACACACGCAUGCUGGCCUCACGGGGGCCAGUCCACAGACGAAAGGGUGAGACUUUGUACGGCCUUGACAACAUCAUCAUCCCCAUGUCACUGGCCCCCGGUGCCAAGGUGGAGGCGAAACAGUACAAACACAUCCUCACACCAAGCUGGAGGCUAGUAAGCAUGCAGACAUCACAGGAAAUGAGAGGAGAGGAAGAGGGAGAUGAGGUAGAGGGGAUGACAGAAGAGGUGUUCCUCCAGAGACACCUGGAGCCUGAGCGGAGAGAGAUGCUGCGCUGGUCCUCCUGGGGGAGAAGGCGAUGUCGACACCGCAGCACUAGGCCCUCUGGAGGGGAGGGGCCUUGCAGCUUGGGAGAGGAGGAGAGUUCCAUGGAGUCAAGCCCCGCCCUGCUAGAAAUGGAUGAGCAUUCAGGCAUGGAGGAUAAACGUAUGCCCGCAUCCCCAUGGGAGCCACGCUCGUUUCCCCUGACCGAGGCUGCCGAAGAGAAGGCUCUGCCCUCUGUGGAUGCAAAGGAGUCCACAGUCCUGCGCCGCUCUUUGCCGUUCUCUAUCCUGUCCUCUUACGGUGCUUCGUCAGUGCCCUCUGUUGGAAAGAACAGGAACAGCAUGGUACCAUUGUGCAGCUGCUGAGGGAGUGGCACAAAUGACUCAGUUUAUGUUUCUUUCAGAGCUCACACCACAUAUAUUGAAUAUCAAUCCAAUUAUUUUUAAUUUAGAUGAUACACUGAUUUGAUUUGGUUGCAUUCUACUUCUUUUUUUUAUUGUCAACAUGUGUUUUUAUUGUUUUAUCAGUUUUUGCAGUUUGUGUCAAACUGUCUGAAGGGUCAUACCCCAUAUCCCUUGAAUAGCAUCCUGACAUGACAAGCAAUUUCUUGCUGUGAUCUAUCCCCGUUUGACUGUUCAACAAAAGAUUUGUUCCAGAUCCAUUUUGCAUGGAUCAAAUACAUCCGCUAUAAUUCAUCUAAUAUCUACCCUUAAUUUUGAUCAUAAGGCAAGAGAUUUCUUGCUGGUACAAUCUUUUAGGUGCUAAUUAUUAUUGUUGUCUAUACUGUUUGUUCCUUUUUAAAUGUGUCGAUAUAAAAACUGUUAAUAGAACCUCAACAUGUUACAUAACUCUUUUUGUAACUUGUAAAAUUGGAUUUUAACCUUGGAAACAUUUUUAUCAUUUGAUCAAUAAGAUUGAUGUUUAUAAUUGCUCAUAAUAUAACAAAAUAAAACAAUUCCUUCUCAUUUUAA